UCGAAGCUGCAAGCAGCCUCGUCAACUGCAGCUUCACCACGGUUCGACGUCAAUAUAUGCCCCCCCUAAUUCUCGAAGCUUGACGUCUACAAUCUAUCUCUUAUUACCAAACCGGCCUUACUGAAUCAUGGCUGCUCCUCCUCCCAUCGUUCUCGAUGGAGGCACUGGUUUCCUAAAGGUCGGAUACGCCGCUCAGAACUUUCCCGAAUUUCAGUAUCCCUCCAUUGUCGGCCGACCCAUCCUACGAACCGAAGAGAAGAACAGCGACAAUGACAUGGUUCUCAAAGACAUUAUGUGCGGCGACGAGGCCGCUGCCGCCCGCACCAUGCUUCAGAUAUCCUACCCCAUGGAGAAUGGUAUUGUCAAGAAGUGGGACGACAUGCAGCACCUGUGGGAUUACACUUUUUAUGAAAAGAUGAAGAUUGAGCCCCAAGGACGAAAGAUCUUGCUCACCGAACCUCCCAUGAAUCCCCUGAAGAAUCGAGAGCAGAUGUGCGAGGUCAUGUUCGAGCGUUAUGGCUUCGGCGGUGUCUAUGUCGCCAUUCAAGCUGUCCUAGCCUUAUAUGCGCAAGGCCUGAGCUCUGGCGUCGUUGUUGAUUCCGGUGAUGGAGUCACGCAUAUCGUCCCUGUUUACGAAUCUGUCGUGCUCAACCAUCUCACUCGAAGACUCGAUGUGGCCGGCCGCGAUGUCACCCGUAAUCUCAUUGCCCUACUCUUACGGAGAGGCUACGCCCUCAAUCGAACGGCCGACUUUGAGACCGUGCGGCAGAUCAAGGAGAAGCUUUGCUAUGUAUCUUACGACCUGGAACUGGAUAAGCGUCUUAGUGAGGACACUACAGUGCUAGUGGAGAGUUAUACUCUUCCAGACGGUCGAGUGAUCCGGGUGGGCAGCGAGCGAUUCGAAGCCCCAGAAUGUCUCUUCCAGCCACAUCUGGUAGAUUGCGAGCAACCCGGUAUUGCUGAGUUUCUCUUCAACACUAUCCAAGCCGCCGAUGUCGAUGUACGCUCCUCUCUAUUCAAAGCCAUCGUUUUGUCUGGUGGAAGCAGCAUGUACCCAGGUCUGCCGUCGCGUCUAGAGAAGGAACUCAAACAAUUAUGGCUUACACGUGUGCUCGGUGGUAACCCUGAACGGCUAAACAAGUUCAAGGUUAGGAUAGAAGAUCCUCCGCGCCGCCGCCAUAUGGUGUUCUUGGGUGGAGCGGUAUUAGCCAACAUCAUGGCCGAUAAGGAGAGCAUGUGGAUUACGCAGCAAGAAUGGGCAGAAGAAGGAUCGAGGAUUCUGGAAAAGUUGGGACCACGAUAGAUACUGCAUACCUAAAUAGGUAGCAACCGACAGUCAAGGGGGUGUACAACCCAACGAUGAUGUGGUUUACGAAAUGCUAGCAGAAAUGACUUUCAACGGAUCAGCUCAGGCGUCGUCAUUUUUAUAUUCAUGCAAUUCUCACUUCCAUAUCAACCUCAUAGUUAGGUACCCUUCUUCUAGGUACAUGUAUAAAAUGCAUUUAUCUAGGAAUGCUACCAUUUUAUCUUCAAA